AUGGUGGGAGUGUAUGUGAUGUUAGGUUCUGUAAUUACAACAACAGUAGCACAAGCCUUGUCUCAAGCCCUGCCUGGCUUCCCAGACAAGUGUGGCAAUCUCACAAUCCCAUACCCUUUUGGCAGGCUUUCACAUCACUGCAACACAUCCACCGAACCCCCAACAGCACUCUGGGGCAACAUCAUUGUCACUGCCUUUUCCCUUGAUGAGGCUGAGAUGCAGGUACUGCAGUACAUAGCCCGAGAUUGUUACGACAAGCAGGGUAACAACACGUUUGACAACGACCCUUGCCCACCCAAAUGGUUGCAAAGGUGCAAAAAGUAUCACCUUGGCAACCUUUACUAUUUGUCAUGUCAGAUUUAA